AAAUGUUCGCUGCACACGGAACAUGCAUGGCGUCCUUCAAACAGAGGCGCAAGUGACAAACAUUUAUCAAUUUGUAUUGUGGAUAUAUAAAUAUUCUUCACAAUGGUGACCAGGACCGCGUGUCAAGCUCUCCAGCGCCGCUUUGCAACUGCCGCAGCGUGUGUUCCGGCCGCCGAGAUCCGCUGCCUGCGCUCUGCCGUCUUCUCCAGAGAGCAGGCCAGGCAGAGAGCGCUGUACCCUCGCGUGGAGAAGAUAGAGGUGUCCGUGCAGGGCCCGGGGCUGGAUGGCACGAUGCUCGUCAUGAACAAAGGGAUGUCCACUCCGAUGAGCUGUGCCAGACACCUGACGGAGCACCACGUGACCAACUCGGCUCUGGCCCUGGUGGACGGGGAGCCGUGGUCUCUCCACCAGCCCCUCACCCAGUCCUGCUCCCUCACUCUGCUCACAUUUAAAGACAGUGAUCCCACACUGGUCAACCAGGCCUAUUGGCGUUCCUGCGCUGCCUUGCUCGGCCAGGUGCUGGAGACCGCGUUCAAAGACAACUUUACUGUGGAGCUGCUCAGCACACCAGAGGUGGCAGUCACUUCAGGUGCUUUCUGCUGCGACGUGGUGCUCGACCCUGAGCUGGACAAAUGGACUCCCUCCGAGGAGUCCUUCCGGUCUCUGACCAGAGAGGCCCAGCACCUCAUCCACCAGGACCUGGUCUGGGAGCCUCUGGAGGUGGCGCCCUCUGUGGCGCUGGAGGUCUUCUCACAGAGCAGGUGUAAACUGGAAGAGGUGGAACAGAAGGCGGCACAAAACCCCAAAGGCACAGUGACGCUCCACAGAUGUGAUGACCAUGUGCUGCUGAGUGCGGGCCCCCUGGUGGCCAGGACAGGCCUGUGCUCCCAGUACGAGGUGACGGCCCUCCACAUCCUGGAGCAGGGGCCCCGGGGCCUCCACCGCCGAGCACAAGGCCUCUCCCUGCCUCUGCAGCUGCAGUCCCACCACACAGUCUGGAGGAAGCUGAGGCAGCGAGCAGAGAAACUGGUUGAGGUGCCGAGACUUGAAGAAGUGGCUCCUCCCUCUCCUCCUGACUCCACUCCACCAGCGAGCAGCCAGUAGCGAUCUCUGUGUCGCCUUCCCCUCACACAGUACCACUUUCACAUGUACCCGAUUGUGUUAUUUGUUCAAUAAAUGUGUAAAAAAUACGUGACAAAUCACUUCCACGUUUGUCAUUCUUAUGGAAAUCGCCGCACAUCGAGGGAACUCCUUUUCCUUGACCCCGUUGUCGAAGGAAUCUUGCGUCGUGCGUGUUGAACAACAGAUGUUGACGCUCCCAGAGGGGGAGGAGCUGCAGUUUGUAACUGUUCAGAUGAUUGUAGGAGCGAAGAGGGAAGAAGCGAAAAUGGAAACGCGUGUGUGUCAGCAGUUUGCUUAACAACAACAGCGGAGUGAAUGCGUGCGCGUCUGUUGGCUGAAGGUCAGGCAGCCGUGCAGCUGUUGAGCGUGUUGCUCAUCGAACAGGUGGCUCUCAAUCCUCAGAGUUCAGAGUCAAGUGUGUGGAAGUGUGAGCCGGGAGGGACCAUCUCUUCAGACGAGCCAUAUUAAUGGCCUCUGUAAAGAAUUAGUCAAUUAUUUAUUAAAGGAAUAAUUCAACAUGUUGGGUUAUGCACUUACUUGCGGCAAGAAAGUAAACGAGCUCAUUUCCCCCAAACUAUUCCUUCAACCCCUUUUUAUACUG